AUGGCGCCAGGAGAUGGUUCAGCCUCAAUGGAAAUUCCUAUCGUUGACUUCUCGUCCUGGAAGAAUACCCAGGACCAAGCCUCGCGGUUAAGAACGGCACAAGAACUCGUCAAAGCAUGCCAAACCGUUGGCUUUGUCUACAUCAUCAACCACUCGCUGUCCGAGUCCGUCCUGAAUGAAGCAUUUGAUUGGAUGAAACGUCUUUUCAAUCUUCCCGAAGAGGAGAAGAUGAAGGCGCCUCAUCCUGAGGGUUGGGCAGUGCAUCGGGGGUAUUCAUGGCCUGGAUUGGAGAAAGUCUCCCAGACGAUGCCCACCGGAAAUGAUGAAGAAGCAAAAAGAAAGUUGCGAGAGAUCCCAGAUGUCAAAGAAGUAUACGAUAUCGGGAGUGAUCAAAACACUGACCAACCUAAUCAAUGGAUCCCCGACGAAGCCCUCGUUGGCUUCAGAGCUUUUAUGAUCAAGUUCUAUUGGGAGUGCUGGGCAGUCGGCGAGGAGCUUUUACGUGCUCUAGCCAUUGGAUUGAAUCUAGAGGACGAUUCUUAUUUAGUCGACAAACAUUCCGGCCACGGUAAUCAACUACGACUACUACAUUACUUGCCCGUACCAGCCGAGGAUCUUGAGAAAGAGCGGACAGCCCGUUGUCCAGCGCAUACGGACUGGAGUUCCUUAACUAUGCUGUUCCAAGAUGAUUGUGGAGGUCUGGAGGUUGAAGAUAUUUCUCGACCAGGUACAUUCGUUUCUGCACCUCCUUUGGAGAAUGCCAUUGUUGUAAAUGUUGGUGAUCUUCUGCAAAUGUGGAGUAAUGACCGACUCAGAUCUACAAACCACAGGGUCAGAAUGCCACCGCUUGCCGAUCGCUACGAGGGUCCAGAUCGGAUGACCCGUGAGCGGUUCUCGAUUCCCUACUUUAUGUCUCCAGACCCAUCAUCUGUGAUUGAAUGUAUUCCAUCGUGUAUGAGCGAGAGCCAGCCCGCCAAGUACAAGCCAAUCACACAGGCAGAGUAUAACAAGAUGCGAGCCUCUAUGAUGUACUGAACAAAGCCGAGCCACCAUGGCUGAUCGUGGCACUUCUACAUCAUUAGAAAAUUGACAGUCCAGUUUGUUGGAAAUGAGCUGAGAGAAUGAACAAAGUCCUGGGUAGCAAUCUUCGCAUGUGCUUGAGUUUGUAUAUCGCACACAAUCCCAUUUUGAUCGUAUCAUCCAGCAUUUCUUCGAAUAAUAUCCACCCUGACCAACCCAAAGUAUUGAAAUAUACAAGUCAAGCUCUUGGUGGACAGUACGGAGUAUAUACAGUGACGUGAGAGCCCUAAGCCCUAAGAAGCACCGUAUCUGGAAAACGCCCCGCUGGUUGUGACGGCGGAGUUCAACUGAGCUUUGGCCACCGAUAAGUUUAUGCCCGAGCC